AUAAGAUCGUAGCAAGUGCCAUCACCGAACCAACCAAGAAACGGCAACGAGUACGCCCCACGACCGCCGGUACAAGCGCAUCCCAACGCCUUUUAUCUCCUGGCCACCUGUCAGAUGCUAACCUUUUAAAGAAGAUCGUACCCGGCUCCCGAAAACGCCAAUGGCCCAGUGAAGUGGAGAACCCAACACCCAAGGCGGGCAUCGGGCUGGCCCAGGCAUCCACCUCUACCAUCCCACAACCGCCAGCUUUCUCCACUCAUCUGGAUCCAUUAGCGCAAUCCGCUUACCUAGUCUCCACCUUUUCGAGCAACGAAACCGAUCGCUGGGGUGAAGAUAACAAGCUUCGAGCCGAGUACUGUGUGAAGCGCCUCGCAGAG